AUGUCGGCAUCGCGCGGCAGCCCUUCCCCUCCAGGUCGUGUUGGUCGUCAAUCGACCGAGUCUACCGCAUGUUCCGUUCCUAGUUCGCCAGCUCGGAGACCCCUGCCUAGCCCCGACCUGUCAAGGGGAGGAUCUCCGACGCCAAGACGAUACAAGCGUGGGAUGGCUAGUCCGAUUCGUGACCGCGCGCUAUCCAGACAGCCAACGCCUAAAGAAUCCCGCGUCGAGCGAGUCCUCUCGAGUUCCGAUUGCCCUUCAAUCGUGCUGAAGCCGUCCAGCUCACCUAAAAGGAACUCGUAUCAUCGCGACUUCGCAGUAAUGGGACUUCAGUCAACCGUGGCUCAGCUUCGACGUAUGAACAGCCAAAUGAGCACCUUCAGCGCCGGUUCAUCUAUCUCGGAUCCGGAUAGUCCGACACUACCAAACUUGAGAGGGGGCGGGUUCAGCCCCGACAGAAGCAACAGCCGUGUAAGCAAAAUGGGCCGACAAAACUACUUGUCUUUGGGCACGAGUCCAGGCUCAGCGAAGCGGACCAAGUCUAUCAAAUCGGCGAGGAACUCAAUCGCCGUGCUCAAGAGUCGACCAGGGGGAAACAAGCAUCUCGAUUCGCUACGCGCCGCAGUUGAAGAGAAGGAAAAUGAGAGAAGAAACGGUUCUCUGAUUCGAGGACCUCGACCGCUCAACCCGACACCUAGAAGCGCCGGACGAGGGUUGGCCAGAGACAGCGUGGUGACGGUGGAAAGCCCAACCCGGAGAAGAAUCUCCAAUGUCGAUACCGAAGACCAGAAGUAUGUGGAGAGGCCGAUCAAGCAUCAAGAUAGCGGUACUAGCUUGGGUGCAUACGGGAAAGAGGACUACCUGCUAAGCUCCCCAGACAGCCUCACUGCGGGGGCCGAGAGACAGAGCCCAAACAUGAGGGUUUGA